GUAUUUUGGAAUCCUACAAGUGUAAAUUACCAAGUUAAAACCAGAGUUGCAUGUUCUGUGAGUUUUCUCUCCCCAUACAUUGUUUAGAUUUUCAAACGUAUUAGUUUCUCUCACUUCUCUUUUUCCUGAACUUAAAAUCAGAAAUUUCCUUAAGGAACGAGGUAUGCCUUAGCUAUAACAUCAUCAUUUCAUUUUUCCCCCUAAAUUGUUUCAUUUUUCUCUUUAAGGAAUGAGAUUGUAUAAUGCUUGACCAAUGAUGCUAGGUAAUUUGUCAAUUUUAUCAGUCAGUGCUACAGCAGGACCCUUAGUUUGAUAUGACUAAAGUAGCUUAUUUGAUGUUGGCCAGUUCACUAUGAAGGCACCCUUGCUGAAACUGGUGACGUAUUUGAUACUACACACGAAGAUAAUUCUGUUUUCUCUUUUGAGAUCGGAAAAGGCUCAGUCAUCCAGGCUUGGGACAUUGCUCUGAAAACCAUGAAGGUUGGUGAAGUUGCUCAAAUAACAUGCAAGCCAGAAUAUGCAUACGGCAGUGCAGGCUCUCCACCUGAUAUCCCACCCAAUGCAACCCUUAUUUUUGAGGUGGAGCUACUAUCCUGCAGGCCAAGAAAGAGUACUAGCCUUGGUAGUGCUACUGAGGAGAGAGCUAGGCUAGAAGAACUGAAGAAGCAGAGGGAACUUGCUGCUGCUGCUAAGGAAGAGGAAAAGAGGAAGAGAGAAGAAGCCAAAGCUGCUGCUGCUGCUCGUAUUCAAGCCAAGCUAGAAGCCAAGAAAGGUCAAGGAAAAGGGAAAGGCAAAGCGAAAUAACAACUUAUAAAAACUUUAAUUUUUACAAACGAUCCUAUUUGAGUGAUUAGGUUGAGCAAUAAGAUGCAACCUGACUAGUCCAAGCCUUUAUGGUUAGUCAGAGACAUUUCACUGUACAAAGGAUCCGAUGCUACCUUUUUAUUCUACUUCAUAAUUAGCAUUUAUAAUUAUCAACAAACUCAGCUCCUUUUGCAGGUUAUUGCUCCUCGAAAUGAAUGGCAAAGACUGAU